GAUGUAAUACAACCAACAUUUAGCAGUAGUCAUUUACAUUUGUCUGUCUCCGGUUGAGGAAGCUUUAUUGUUGGUGAUGAUCGUCAUCUUUAUUAGUUCAUUGGGUUCACCAGCAACCAUGUAGAUCUUCACUUCUCCUUAAAAAUUCAGAGAGAGAGAGAGGGAGAGAGAGAGAAUGGAAUUUGAUGAGCACGAAGAGCAAGACGAGGAGAUGGAGAUGCAGGCGGCGCCACCGGGUUACGCCUCUGUUGCAGAGAGUUCCAGGCCCAAAAUGGGGCCCGCCGGCGAGGAGACCGUCUCCAGUGCUCGAAAAAGGGGGACUGCCGCAGCACCCAAUUCCACCACCACCACUACCCUAGCCACCAUGGUCCGGUACAGGGAAUGCCUCAAGAACCACGCCGUUACCAUCGGCGGUCACGCCCUCGACGGCUGUGGCGAGUUUCUCUCUGCGGGGGAUGAGGGCACCAUCGACGCCCUAAAAUGUGCCGCCUGCAACUGCCACCGCAACUUCCAUCGCAAGGAGUCCGAGGGCGAGUUAAUUCGUCACCACCAGGGUGCCGGUGGGGCCCACCACCACCACCAUCAGCAUCAAUUCUCCUCAGGCUACUGUCGCCCACCGCCGCCGCCUUCUGGCUACCUGAUCACCUCGCCGCACGCAAGGCCUACACUAGCCUUGCCUGCGGCAUCCAUCGGAGGCCGCGGAGGGUCUCAUAGUAGGGAAGAGGGAGAGGACGUGUCGAAUCCAAGUUCGAGUGGCGGUGGAGGCGGAGGAGGAUUUGGGAUGAGUAAGAAGAGACACCGGACAAAGUUCACGCAGGAGCAGAAGGAGAAGAUGUUGGAGUUUGCGGAGAAAGUUGGGUGGAGGAUUCAGAAACACGACGAAGCGGCGAUUGAGGAGUUUUGCGGAGAGACUGGAGUGAAGCGCCAUGUGUUCAAGGUUUGGAUGCACAACAACAAGCACACUCUUGAUUAAUUUUGGCUCAACCUUCAUAUUGCAUUAGUCUGUGGACACUUCCAUCUCAAAACUGAAACAAGAUGAUAAAAUUUCACCUAUUUUUGAGCUUACCGGACACAUGUGAUCUCAUCAACUGCAUUUGUUUUAAUUUAUCUACUUUCUUUUUGAAAAAGAAAAGGAAAUUCUUUUGGUGCUUUCCUAUUUUCGAAAAAUUAAUUCUAAGCAUGUAACGGCAACAUGAUGUAGUAUGCUGCGACGUGGUGUGUAUGUAAGUCUUCAUUACUAUAACACGCGUAGUGGACCACAUUUUUGUUCUAGUUGGUCGUGUAUGCUUGUUGUUUUAUUUAGCUUAUCGUUUACACGUAGUGUUAUAAUC